AUGCUCACUCAAACGCUCGCUCCAGUGGUUGCGCUUUCGCUUGCAGGCAGCGCCUACGGCGCUGCCUUCGAUUCCUAUGAUCACCUGCACGCACGUGACUUUGCCGAACAACAGGGCAAACAGGUGCAUGGCACCCGAGUCGCACAUCUGUUCCGGCGCUCCGGCACUUGCCAGUUCCCAGACUACGAGGGCAUGGUCGCAGUGCAGUCUGGCGGCCAGAACGGGGGCUGGGCGCUCAGUUCCGACCAACAAUGCUCGUACGGGUCGUGGUGCCCCUAUGCGUGCCAGCCGGGCCAACUCAUGGCGCAGUGGGACUCGAGUUCCACGUCGUAUUCGUACCCGCAAUCCCAGUACGGCGGCCUGUACUGCGACGAGAACGGUAACUUGCAAAAAUCGCGUUCGGACCAAGACUAUUGCACCGACGGCACGGGAACCGUCCGCGCGACCAACAACGCCAAUUCGGGUGUCUCCUUCUGCCAGACCGUGUUACCGGGUAACGAGGAAAUGCUGAUCCCCACCUCGGUCGACUCGGGCUCCUCCCAGUCCCUCGCUGUGCCCGGUCCGGAUUAUUGGGCUGGCACUGCAGCACAUUACUACGUGAACGCACCGGGUGUUUCGACGUCGGACGCGUGCCAGUGGGGGUCCAGUGCAAAUGCACAGGGAAACUGGGCACCUUACGUCGCAGGUAUGAACACUGACAGCUCUCAAAACACCUUUGUCAAGAUCGGUUGGAACCCAGUUUACUUGGAAAGCUCCAGUCCCUUCCGUAACCAAAUGCCAGACUUUGGAAUCAAGGUCACUUGCGACGACGAGUCCAGUUGUACCGGGUUGCCCUGCGGUAUUGACCCAUCAUCCCAGAGCGUGAACGAGGUUUCUGGUGACGGGUCCGCGGGCGAUGGUGGUGCUCAGUUCUGCGUUGUCACGGUGAAAAACGGUGCUAAAGCCAGUAUCGAGGUCUUUGACAGCGACGGGAAUUCCAAAUCCAAGCGUGAUGUCGCGCACCACGGCCACGCAGCCGUAGCAGUCGAGACCGUCUACAAGACGGUCACGGCGGCAUAA